UUGCUGCUGUCAGAUACACAGACGCGCUUACCUCGGCUCUUGGCUCUGUCCUGUGCCACACACCGCACUCACUGAGGACCAUGACCUUGGAGAGCGUAUAUAUCAUGGAGGAGACGGACAUUGACGUGGAGAGACACAAAGACGGCAGUGAACGUGUGAGGGACACAUGUGUUUCUCUGUUAGACCAAACCAGCGCAGACUCGGAUCAAAGCGCGUCCUCUUUGCCUCCUGAAGGAAAGUUCAGCGCAGACACCAGGACCACCUCAGUGAAGCCGCCGUACUCCUACAUCGCUCUCAUCACCAUGGCAAUCCUCCAGAGCCCCAAAAAGAGACUGACCCUCAGUGAAAUAUGUGACUUUAUCAGCCACAGAUUUGUGUAUUAUCGGGAGAAGUUCCCAGUGUGGCAGAAUUCGAUCCGGCACAAUUUAUCUUUAAAUGACUGCUUUGUGAAGAUGCCCCGGGAGCCCGGGAAUCCCGGGAAGGGCAAUUAUUGGACCCUGGAUCCCAUGUCGGCAGAUAUGUUUGACAACGGGAGUUUUCUCCGGCGGAGGAAACGCUUCAAGAGGCAGCACAUCCACGUGGAGGCGCAGGAGCGCAACCAGAUCAUGUCCGUGUUUCCUCUCCUCGGAGCGCACCGGAGGAGGAUGAUGAUGAUGGAUUCUUUCCGCGAUCUGGGCUCAGAGAGACUUUUAAGUUCGCACACUAGCGCCAACGUCCCAGCACCUGUGCGCAGUAUUAUUCCCGCGCUCUCCUCGCUGCGCUGCAAGAGUUUGCCCCCUUGUUUAUCCUUUGAACAUUUCCACCCGGGACGCUGCGCCUUUGUCCCUCCUUCAGCUCCGAACUCGUCCCGCACGACUCCUCUGUCCCUGCACGGAAUGAUACCAAACUACAGUGUUACACAGCUGUGCAACUUUCCUACUGGGACCUUUAAAAUUCCGUCUAACUCACACUGACACGAUGUCCCUGAAGGUUUAUGCCUCUAAGUAACUGAGAAAUGAAUUGACUAUAGUCUACUCUCCUCAAGAAUAAAAUAAUGUACAGGCUUCUACAGUUUUUAGAGGCCAAUCCGUCUUUUAUGUUGAAGUGUUAUUUUAAAAAUGAUUAUAAUGUACUUAAAAUAAAUAAAACGUGGUUGAAUUUGCACCGCGUCUGUGCAACUUUAAAUAAAUGUAUUUAUCAUUUUUAAUAGACCUAUGGUCUUGUGCUGUCUACAGCAACAACAACAACAACAACAACAAUAAUCAUAAUAAAGACACUAUCGAAGAACCAUGCACGUGUCUUUUUAGCCACGGUUUUAUUUUUUGUUUCCUACUUUCUUUUCGUUUCAACAUAUUUUUUUAAAUAUUAUUUAGGUAUAGUUAAAUGAGAGAUUCGUGCAAGACAAGGCAGCAAAAAAUCAUCAUCUUCACCAUCAUCAUCAUCAUCAGUAAACAAUCAAAAUGUAAUUCACUCUCGUUUAAUUAGCAAAACACAAGGGAGCAGAGAAAGAUCUGAUAAAUAAAUCAAAUAGAUUAUAUUAUAUUAUAUUAUAGAUAUUAUUGACAUGCAGUGUUAAGUUAAAGUUUUCCGGCAAUC